GUACUUAAAAGUGUGAUAAUGUGCUCCUACAGAAGAGAGCAGAGGAAAGGCAUCGUCAUAGAGAAUUUCGCCGAUGGAUUUCUGGUUUGUGGCAGUUUCUGCUCUUCUGAUCUUCACUCUGGAUUCAGUAAAAUCAUCUGAAAAUCACAACAUCACAAUUCAUAAUUUAUCCACCACCACCACCACCACCGCCACAACUCCAACUCCCCAGACCUGUCCCCCCGUCGUGACCCUGAGCAGUGCACUCCACCUGGGCUUCCUCACGGUGGAGUGGGGCAGUAACUGCAACGGACGGGUGAUUUUAACCCAAUCAGACCCAAGUGCGACUAAAUAUGUUUGUUUCAGCAGUAAAGAUAGAGUGUUAGAUCUGCUGAGCGGAGUGUGUGAGAGGAAGAAGGGAUGCAAAGGAAAGGAGAAAGAGGGGAGAGAACAAAACAAAAAAGGACUCCAGAUUUCAGGAAACGAAGCAAAUGAAAUAACAUGUGAGACUCUGAACGUCACAUGUGAAGUGGAGGUGGUACAGGAGCCUGUGGGGUUCAGAGUGGCCACAGCUCUGCUCUGUCUGACGCUCAUACUUCUGCUGCUGAUCUACUUCAGUAAACCCACCAUCAAGGCUCUGCAGAAGAGAUUGUCAAAUAAAAGAAAGAACCGCUGGAUUGGCCCCACUCAGAGUCACAGUGUGUCUUACCAACGAGGACAAACUGUGAACAAAAACCUGGAUGGACAGAAGCAUUCUUCUUACCCCGCUUUAGAUCGACUGGUGGUGGGCAACACGCCGUCCAAUCGGAACAGCUACAACUUCUGACAUCAUCAAACAGAAACAUAUACAUGUGGCUUUAUGCACCAUCAUUUGUUUAUUUCAUUCAUUUGUGCUUUUCAGAGUAGUUUUCUAAUGGCAUCCCUUCACUCCUACUCCAUUAAACUUACUGCUUAGGACUAAGAUAAAAGUCCAAAUUCUCUUCAAGGGCAAGGCUCAAAUCCUAACAGUGAAAAUGGCCACUCUUAUAGUAUAAAAACUUACUGUGAUAGAGUAAUUUUUUCACACUGCUCCUUCAAAUAUGAUUUUGUUUUAUUCGUUUUUUUGUCUAUUUUUUGAAAAUACAUGAUUUUGUGGAUUUUUUAUGUUUUGACCUUAAAAUUACAUUAGCUUCAAAUUAUAAAUCAGAUGCU